AGCAGCGCAGUGAGCAGCGCAAUGAGAGCAAUGAGUAGCACCGCCGAGCAAUGGCCAGCAGCUCAACCGACUCGGCUCUCCGAGCAUGUGGACGUGCCUCGGUAUCCGGCUCGUCAUUGGCGUCCUUGGCGCCUUGCGUGCAUCGAGAGACGAGUCCGGCAACAUGGUGGCACCGGCAAGGUCGAGGCUCAGGGGCCUCAGCACUGACCCCCCGCCACUGGUUUCGGUGCAAGUCGCAGAUGCGACGCAGUCGACGGCCAGCCUUUUUGCAGCGUCGCACUCAUUUACGGAGAGGGUCGCGGGCAUGUAUGGGACUGGCGAUGACGCCUGUAGCCAGGAAUCUGCAGCAAUCUCGCUGCGGGUGCUGGUGGCCCACGAAGUGCCGGCAAGCGUCAUUGCGACCUGCAGGCGCGAAAGGGGUGGUGGACGGUUGGCAGGUGUCUGCAGCGUGAAAUGGCGCGCUGGUGGAGAGCAGUCGUGCUUGACCAGGACCCCUGUGCCCAUGACUGGCCCAACCGAGCCUGUCCCUGUGCUGGUUCAUCGACGCCAGCGAGCACGCUCGAUCGCUCUAGCUCGGCCGGCCUCACCGCUUCACAUCGACCCUCUAGCACUCGUCGACAGGGGCGCUCCCCACCACCACCCUUACUACCCCCAUCGCCCCGCCUCGUCACGCACGCUGGGUAGCGUGCAUGUUCCGCCCACACCCCUACCCUGUGCUGCCGUGGCAUGGUCUGGUGUCAAGCCUGCUGUUAAGAGAACCCUCGCCGCCGUCUCUGCGGCGCAGCCCCCGCUGUGCGACUCAUUCAUGUUCUUUCUCGAGGCACCGAGGCAGCAUUGA